AUGGACCCAAAAAAUUCCAAACAUUUUGACAAAACGACAAUAUCAACGACAAAAGAAAAGACCUCCAGCCAACUUGCUUACUUAAUAGUGCAUGCAACUGGAGAAAAACCCCUUGCUAAGUGUUCUCCUUUUUUGAUCCAAAAGCUUUUUGAAUCAACCAUCGGGCAUUUAAAAAAGAUACAAAAAUUGAGGUCAGGGGACCUACUAGUGGAAACAGCCUCUCCUCAACAAACAACAAAGCUUUCAACAAUGAAGACUCUUGGAGACAUGGGAAUAUUAGUCACACCACACAGAAGUUUGAACUCAUCACGUGGUGUGAUAUCUGAGUUCGAUUUGAUGUCUGAAGACGAAUCAGACAUUCAGAUUGGCCUGUUAGACCAGGGUGUCACUUCUGUCCGACGCAUUUCGAUUCGUCGAGACAGUGCUGAGGAAGGGAACGAGGCCGAACUCAGAGGUAUAGCCUGUUUUAGAUUGGAAAAGGAGGAAGAUAUAAAGUUGAAUAAGGAGGGGUUAGAGCGAAGGGGAAAUAAAGUUGGAUAG